AUGUUUGUUAUAAGUUUUACUACAUUAGCUGUCAUAACAGCAGCGUUGACUGCAUUUUAUUAUUAUUUAACCAAAAAUUUUAACUACUGGUCAUCCCGUGGCGUCAAAGGUCCGAAACCGGUCGUAUUGUUUGGCAAUAUUUGGGAGAUGUUUGUCAAACGAUUUCAAUUGCUAGAAGAGGACCGGUUAGCUAAAUAUGGACCUAUCUAUGGUACAUAUAUGGGCACAAAAGCGGUGUUGAAUGUGGCCGAUCCCGAACUAAUCAAAAACAUUAUGGUUAAAGAUUUUCAUAUAUUUAUCAAUCGUCAAAACAUGAGAUCAGAUGAUGAAGUAUUAGAUCACUCGCUGCUUAUGGUUAGGGAUGACGAAUGGAAAAGACAGCGAUCUAUUGUUUCGCCAUCAUUUACGACCGGAAAGUUAAGAAAAAUGAUGACAUUAGUCGAGCAUUGUAUCGAUAGUGUCGACCGGGUAUUAGAUAAGGUGGCCACUGAUGGUAAUGAAAUAGAGAUGAAGGGACUGAUGGGCAACUAUACCAUGGAUGGUAUAGCCAGCUGUGCUUUUGCCACCAAAACCGACACCCAUAACGACCCGAACAAUCCGUUUGUUGUCAACGCAAAUAUAUUGGCGGCUGGAAGUAAAUGGCGUACUCUUUUGGCGAGUAUUGCCGGUCCAGUUAAGCGGUUCUUCAAAAUAUCGGCCAUAAAUCCUUCUGUACAUAACUUUUUUGUUAAAGCCAUCAAAGAGAUAAUCAAACAAAGAAAACAGGAUCAAAGUGGUGGCAAAUACUACGACUUUCUUCAGCUAAUGAUUGACGCACAGAGUAAUGUUGAUGAUAACAGUGCGGGAAAUGAUGACAAUAGCAGUGCCAAUGAUAAGCUUAUGGAUGCUGAAGCACAUCACGGUCUGGAAGACAAUAGCCGAUUGUUGAAAAACAGAGACAAACUGGACAUCAAAGAAGUGGAUAUCGUGGGCACGAGUUUUGUUUUCUUAUUGGCCGGUUAUGAAACAACGGCUACACUGUUAGCUCAUUUGAUCUAUUUGUUGGCCAUUAAUCCGGAAGCUCAACUAAAAUUGGUCGAUGAAAUCCGCGGUCAUUGUGACGCCAACGGUCAUAUUGACUACGAGACAAUUAUACGUUUACCCUAUUUGGAUGCCUGUAUAUCGGAAGCACUGCGUAUGUAUGGCCCGGCACCGAUAACAAGUCGGGUGCCCUCUCAGGACUACAAAUUAGGCAAUACGGGAAUUACAGUAGAAAAGGGUACAACAAUAAUGAUACCGAUUCACGCUCUACAUCACUGUCCCGACUACUUUCCGGAACCGAAACAGUACCGACCGGAGCGUUUCCUCCCGGAAAAUCGUGAUAAAAUCAUACCCUACACCUAUUUGCCGUUUGGUGCCGGUCCACGAAAUUGUGUGGGUAUGCGUUUUGCGCUUAUGGAGGCCAAGGCUGUAGUCGCCCGGAUGGUCAUAAAGUAUGAGUUUAUACGAACAGCCAAUACUAAAGUUCCCUUACAGUACGUAAGUAAGUCAUCAAUUCCCCGACCGUCCGAUUUUACGGUAGGCGUACACUACAGAAGCCGUUAG